AUGGCGCUUCGCACGGCACACGGCACGCGCCACAGGGCACCGCGGAUCGAAACCCGAGCCGCCCCGAUUAGAUUCAAAUGCCGGCAGUGCCAGAGCGAGCUUGGGUUGAUCAUGAGGAUGAGUCGUGAGACAAGGAACCCUGUUAACUUCUUAUACCCACUCGUCUCACUCUUCGCGCUCACCUACUCCCCGACCUCUUGGCAUAAUAACGUUCGACCAUACCAGAAGGGAAGCGCCUGUCACAGUUCAGGAUACGAACACCGUGCAAUCAGAGGGAACGUCGGCUUAUGCAGUUUAACUACUAAAGGAACGGAGGACGAUUACCCGGACGUCGUGCGGAAGGCUUUCGGAGAUCGCUACUCUGAGCUUCCGUACGUGACAGGGGAAAUAAAGACAGCAGAUUUUACGUCGCAGGAGUGGGAAGAAUUGCGCAACUGGCUAGGGUCUAACGACACACUCAAUCGCUUCAAGCAGGAGUUGACUACCAUGGCGCCAUCUCCCAUACACGAUCGUAUCAUAGCGCUGCUGAGGACGAUGAAUGGAGAGAGGUGGGCCGAGUCCUUCAGACCGCCGAAGUGGAUCCGACGAGCCUUGGACAUCGACAUCGGCCAGGCGGAGUAUGCCUCUGUGCGUGGCAAGAAAGGAAACAAGAUAGUGGGCGAUAUGGUCGAGGCGAUCUCAGUGGGCGAUGUUCUCGUAGUUACUGACGUUAAUGAGACCGCGAAAUCUCAGCCUGUCUACACGACUGACAGCGAGGAAGGGGCAUUGCCUAAAAUUGUGGACAUAGCGGACGUCCUGAUGGGGAACACAAAAGUGGAUGGCGCAGGCGUGCCCUCAUGUGGGCUCAUUGCCCUGUCCUGCUUCAACAUUGAAGAGCUCCAGCCCGGUAAGAGCGCAAAGGCGAAAUGGUCUUCGCCAGAGACGAAGGAAUACACAGUCAACGCCAUCACCUACGACGAACACACCUACAAAAAGAUGUUGCGCGAGAAUCCGGACUUGAUCAGCGGAGCUGGUCCGUUCAUUGCAGAGCACAAGGCUACGUUCUUCGGCGCGGUUCGAGUCUGGUGGAUAUACGUUCCAGUGGAGGAACUCGAUACGCUCAGGUUGGGAGUGCGACUACAGUGGAAAAUGGAGGAGUGGGUGGCUAGAGGGUUGGCCAUCCCGAUCCUCGAGUAUUAUGACGACAACAUGAAGCCAUUGGUCGAGAAAUUCCUGCGUAAAGUUCGCAACGGCUACGAGAAGCGAUUGGCAACGCUAGCCAAGCUUCUGUCUCGCCGUGAACACAAGCAAACGCUCCUGGACGCUCUCAAGCUCGUGGAAGACGAUAACGUGCGGGAGGCUCAGGCUGAAGAAAUGUUGACGUAUAUUCGCAAGUUGCUCCAUCCCAGCGAUGAGGCCCUGUGCUAUGACGAAGACGUGCAUCGCAUCAUUCGCAGCAUCAGGGAAGGUGCGCGAGGGACCGCCGUCGACCGCCUUCGCAAUGUCUCCUUGCUCAAGGGCCAGGCUGCGGUUGCGCUGCAGGGCAGCGCGAACAGUCAGUUCAUUGCGGCGGUGGAGUCUGAGGAAGACAAGAACGAUAUAGAGGAGGAGUUCUUCGUCCUUAGCAAACAGGCUCUCAAACGCAAGCGUGACAGCACGUCUGACGGUGAGGGCGAGCAGGCGAAGGAUAGACUCAAAGAGCGGCCCAGCUCGAGUUAG